AUGGGCGCCGCGCGCAAAGGUUACGCCUGCCUGUGCGCCCUGCUCUGGCUGCUGGGGAAGCCGCCAGGAGCCGUUUUCGUGGCAAUUUGUGCCCGGCAGGGAGACUCGAGCUGCCGCUUCUUGUCCGUGUCUGAUCUUUUCGACCGGGUGAUCCAGCACUCGGACAGACUACACAGCCUCUCCACGGCGCUCUACUUGGACUUGGAAAAAAACUUUCUACCCAAUGGAAACGAGUUGGGCAAAUGGACAGGUAAAUGCCACACCUCCAGGAUGCUAACGCCUAAUGGCAAGGAGUAUGUCCAAAAAAUACCGAGAGAAGAACUAACUCACUUGAUACUGAGACUCUUGCAAGCCUGGAAGGAACCACUUUCCCACUUUGACCAGAAUAUUGGUCAUCAUCAAGAAUUAUCUAGUGACAGCCUGAGCAAAGCAAAGCAAAUCAGCAAUAUGGUGCAUGAGCUGAAGACUGGAAUGGAGAAAGUAACAGAGAAGAUGCAGUCAAUGGGAAUCAUCAGCAAUUCAUUGAAUGGAAUGGGAUCAUCAGAAGCAGCUGGUUUAUCCAUUAGUAAUGAAGCAAAUUUGAUGAGUGACUAUGAGUUUAUUCACUGCUUCAGGAGAGAUUCCAAUAAAGUACAAAGCUACUUAAAAAUUCUUAAAUGUAGGAUUUGGCCAGGAAAUAGUUGUUGAGUUUUAAUCUGUGACAGGCAAUUUUCAGAAUUAAAGCUACAUGUUGUUUGCAAAGAUGGAACAAAAUAAUUUAUAAAGGUUUUAUGACAUUUACAGUAAUAGUAAAUUAUUAACAAAGAAAACUAGUUUUGAAUGGCUUUGCCAAUUAUUUAUUUUACACUGUUAACCUACACAGUUGAAAUAUUACAUAAGGCAUAAUGUGUGUAUGUGGGUUUCACACACCAGGAAGAGUGGAUUUCAGGGGUAGUGCAUAAAUCAGUUUCUGUAUUUACUACAGUAUGUCAAACUGCAAUUUAAAUAGUUCACACAU